AUGGAGAAUCUGGAAGGGUUGCCCCCAAACAGCAAAUACUUCAGUAAACAACAAUUCAAGGCAGAUGAGAAAGGGAUAAAUCAAUUUCAGCUGGACGAUGAAGCGGAGUACUACGGCGGGGGAGGCGCCGAGACGCGGCCCCGGAGCCUGGCCUUGGAGGAGAAGGACCCUCGGCUUCAGCCCCCGGGGCACCAGCCGGGGCACCAGCCCGCCGCGGGUGGGGCCGGAGGAGCCUUGGACUCAGUGUCGCUCAGCAGCAGCUUGGACAGUGGGAUGAGGACCCCGCAGUGCCGGAUUUGCUUCCAGGGACCUGAGCAGGGGGAGCUGCUAAGCCCCUGUCGCUGUGAUGGUUCCGUCCGCUGCACCCACCAGCCUUGUCUGAUUCGCUGGAUCAGUGAGAGGGGCUCCUGGAGCUGUGAGCUGUGCUAUUUCAAGUACCAGGUCUUAGCCAUUAGCACAAAGAAUCCAUUGCAGUGGCAGGCAAUUUCCCUGACCGUGAUUGAAAAGGUGCAAAUUGCAGCCAUCAUCCUGGGUUCCCUCUUCCUCAUUGCCAGCAUCUCCUGGCUGAUAUGGUCGUCCCUCAGCCCCUCAGCCAAGUGGCAGCGGCAGGACCUGCUCUUCCAGAUCUGCUACGGGAUGUACGGUUUCAUGGACAUUGUCUGCAUAGGUCUGAUCACUCAUGAAGGCUCCUCGGUGUAUCGAAUAUUCAAGCGCUGGCAGGCAGUGAACCAGCAGUGGAAGGUGCUGAAUUAUGACAAAGCCAAGGACCUGGGGGAACCCAUUGGCGGGAGCACAAAGCCAGGGGGGCGGAAUUCACGGACGAAUCCCUCCUCAGGGAGUGAGAGGACCUCCCAGCGGGGCCAGCGGGUUAGGACUAUUUUGAACCAUCACUGUGGUUAUACAAUUCUGCACAUUCUCAGCCACCUGCGGCCUAAUGAACAUCGUGGGGGCUCCGGUUCCAGCCGUGAAGUUGUCAUGAGGGUGACGACCGUAUAA